ACAAAUUAGGAGUUGAAUUAUUUGUUGAUUACUGCAAGAUUCAGUUAGUGAAGAAUGUCUGCAAUCUAUGAUAACUGGGAGAGGCUGGUGGCUGCUGCUAUAAAGAAACAGCAGAUAUGGGAACUCUGCCAUCGAUCUUCUAGCACCCUCUCCGAUGCUUUGUAUCUGUCUUCUUCCUUUGGUGAUCUGAGCUUUGAAAUUUCAAGAUCACAUAAGCUGGUUCUGGUCUCACAGUUUUGCCCUGCUUUUGAUGUCGAAGAUGUAGCCUUGGCUUCUGUGAAGUUGCUUGGGGCCGGAACCUUUGGAAGUGCGUACGUGGCUAUGAUCGAUGAUCAGCCAAGAUUUGUGGUGAAGAGGCGCAAGUCGGAGGGUAUCUCUGAACUGGAUUACAGGCGGAUCAUGGAGAUUCUUGGAGAUGUUAGGCACGAAAAUGUGGUCGCAUUAAGAGCUUAUUAUUCUUCGGUGGAUGAAAGGCUUAUGCUGUAUGAUUAUUACAGUAACGGAAGUGUGCAUUUGUUGGUACAUGGCCAAACGGCAGAUGUAGACUGGAAACCAGAGUAAAAAUUGCCGUUGGU